AUGUCUACCAACUCAACUCCAAAUUCUUCUAUCUCGACGCCGGCAACAAUAAUAGUUCACGACGGUGCCGUACACGAUUUUGAGGAUCCUCUUCACGAUUACGGUACUCCUCCGCCUGCAUACGAAAUGCCGAACUCAGAACAACUACUCAUUUGUACAGCAUGCGGUACACAGUUUGAUGCUGAAGAUCGAUCUAUUCUUACCAGAUGUCGAAUAUGCGAUGAUCCUAGACAAUUUGUUCCACCUACCGGUCAAUCUUUUACAACUUUGGGGGUAUUACAAGCUGGAGGUCAAUAUAAGAAUAAAUGGAUACCACUCGAUAAUGAUGAAAGAUUUUGGAGUAUAUGGACCGAACCUAAAUUUGCUAUUGGACAGCGAGCGAUACUUAUCAAGACACCUCUUGGGAAUGUUUUGUGGGAUUGUAUAACAUAUUUGGAUGAUGAGACAGUGGAUUGGAUUCAUAGAAUGGGUGGAUUGGCGGCAAUUGUGAUAUCUCAUCCGCAUUAUUAUACCACACAUUUGGAUUGGGCAGAGAUAUUCGAUUGCCCGGUAUAUUUGAGUUGGGAAGAUAAGAGUUGGUUAAACCGGCUUGACAGGAUGGGAAAAGCUAGGACAUUCAUUGAGGGGAAAGAGGAGGAGCUCGAAAUACGAGGUGAGAAGACUGGUGUUAAGAUGUUGAAGCUUGGUGGUCAUUUCUCUGGAAGUCUGGUGUGUCUUGCACAUGGAAGAUUACUGGUAGCGGAUACGUUAGUGACGACCCCAAGUGCUUUGGGAGAUUGGAGUAAAGGACCUGGAGGAGGGAAGAACACAAGACCGGAUGGCAUGAAUACAUAUGCUUUUAUGUGGAGUAUACCUAAUAUGAUACCCUUGAGUGCGGAUGAGGUUGUUGGGAUGUGGGAGGUAUUGAAGCCUCAUAAAUUCUCGAGUACUCAUGGAGCUUUUUUGAAUAUGGAUGUGGUUGAUGGUAGUAAUGGAAGCGAAAAGGGGGUUAAGCAAAGGAUACUUGAAAGUAUGCAGAUUCAAGAGGGUAUUGUUGGUGUUGCCAACGGAUUUGGCGGUGAGUUUGCAGAGGAUGGCGGAUCAACAGAAUUUAGGCGUGGUUGGGGGGAAGGUAUCGAGGAUACCGAGGUUAUUGAGGGGUUGGAUGAGGGAUUGGAGUUGGAGACGCCUCCAAAUACCACGCCGCAUCAUUUGAUAUUUUUGGCAGAUCCUCAACUCACCGAUCCGCAUUCAUACCCAGAUCGGCCGUGGCCGUUGUCGACAUUUACAGUGUGGCAUACGGAUAAUUAUAUGAAGAGGUCUUAUAUACAACUUUCGAAGCAAUUACAUCCAGAUACGGUAUUUUUCUUGGGGGAUCUGUUUGAUGGAGGAAGAGAAUGGAAGACGGCGCAUGGGAAUUCGGAAGAUCAAGCAUGGGCCAAGGGACAUCGACCUGCAAAGGAGCAGAAAUAUGUGGAAAGUUGGGGGAGAAGAUAUGGAGAGGACUUUUGGCUGAAGGAAUACGGUCGAUUUUCUAGGAUCUUCUCAGACAAUUGGAACUUGGGAGGAUCAGAAGCUGGAGUGGGGCAAAGGGGUCGAAAGCUCAUUGCGAGUUUACCUGGAAAUCAUGAUUUGGGCUUUGGCGCACAAAUCAAAAUCCCUAUCCGUGAUCGAUUUGAGGUCUAUUUUGGGGAUGCGAACCGAGUGGAUGUUAUUGCAAAUCAUACCUUUGUUUCUGUCGAUGCGGUAUCAUUGAGUGCUGGAGGAUCAGAUCGUCCAGUCAGUGAGACUGCGCCCAUCACCAAACCCGUCGAGAACUUUCUGAACAAUGUUCAAGUCACCAAGCGAAAAGCCGUGGCUCGAGAAUUGGAUUUCCAAGCUGGAAAGGAGAGAUUGUUGCAGUAUUCUCAUUCGGUUCAAGAUGUAGAAUUGGCUGAUUACGCACAUCUUCCGACUCUGGAUCCUGGACCCAAUGGUGCGGAAUUUCCUACUAUUCUUCUGACCCACGUACCCCUAUAUCGAAAUCCUGGAACCCCAUGCGGUCCCCUUCGAGAACACUGGCCACCGACCCCUCCUCCAAAAGGUCAAACCAUGCCUGUCAACCCCGAUGAUCGAAACGCGAUUAGUGUAUCCCGAGGCUAUCAAUACCAAAACGUCCUCAGCAAUGAUGACUCCAAAAAACUCAUCUCCAAAAUUGGCAAUGUCAUCUCUGUCUUCUCAGGCGACGAUCACGAUUACUGCGAACUAGUUCAUCCCGAAGACAAAAAUCACGCUCGAGAAAUAACAGUCAAGAGUAUGAACUGGGCAAUGGGAAUUCGUAAACCCGGUUUUCUCAUGUUGAGUAUGUGGAAUCCCGUUGGAUCGGAUGGCAAACCAUUAAAUAUGAUACCUACUGGUCAUGGAGCUGCUGAUACACAUACUUCCAAUACUUUCGAAUCCCAUCUUUGUCUCUUACCAGAUCAAAUUGGCAUUCUCAUCAACUACGGAAUCCUAGUAGGAAUUUCCCUCGCUCUCCUCAUUAUCCGAGCUAUUCUCGUACCCUUUACAAAACUUACCCCCUUUGCCCCAUUUCCAUCCUCCUCCUCCUCAAAUCCCACAUCCUCAUCCGGAUCCGAAUAUUCACUACUCCCAACCAACAUUAAAGAUCUCAAACGCGAAGAAGAAGAGGAAAAAAAUGAUCGUCUGAGUAAUUCCUCUACUUCAAGUACUUCCCCUAUCCAUAAUCUCGCAACCCGUACUUCUCGAACCCGCACCUCGAGUCCGGCAAAUGGGUACGGUUUGCCGACCUCAAACUCAAAUGGGGUCCCGAACUCAUAUGGGGUACCCUAUCAACCGCAAUACCAACAACCUCUAAUAGAAAAAGCAGGGUAUUACGGGGGAUUAGAAGGCAGAAUCAAGUGGGAAAGCGAGAGGGAUUUUGAGCGGGAUGUAGAAUUCGAGAGGGAGAGGAAGAGGAAAGUGGAGGAAGAGGAGAGGAGGAAGAAUUAUAUUUAUAAACCGUGGAAAAUUAUGGUUUGGUGGGGAAGGUGGAGAGUGACGAUUGGGGGGAGGAUGUUGAGGGAACUGGUUUGUGGUGUUUGGAGGGUGUUGUGGGUGGUGGGGGGGUUGUUUUUGUGGUUUACUUGGUUUGGUUAG